GCAUGGGGGGUUGUCUCCAGCACUGCUAUUGGACAGGGAGUUACAGUACUCUCUCCACACUCUGCACACUCUGCUGUUUGCUGUAAUGCCGGAGUGUACAAUGACUCUUGCAUGCAUGCUGUCUGCAAUGCAAGUUUAGGACAGACGGACCACCUCUGCUGGAAUAUGGGCAUGUUCAGAGGGUUUAUUUAAGAAGCGUGGGCUCGCUUAAAGCGUUAAUGUGUUUGGUGGCUCUCCAGCACUGUGCUUCAGACAAGUAAUAAGGAACAGCCUCAGGGACUGCAGCUGUACUCGUGCACUCUGGUGACUGAGGUGAGCGCUCCAGAUUCCAGACUGUGAGGUUUCUCCAGACAUUUGGUUUGAUUGAGCUUUCACCAUGCGAGUCCUCACCGCCCUGCUGCUGCUACUGCUUCUGGCGCAUGGCGGUGCUGAGGCGCGAAGGGAAGGCCGGGGAAGAAGGGAAAGGACACGGGGCCGGAGGAAAGCAAACACUGUCAAGCGCUUUACGGCCAGUUGCAAGGAGUACACGGAGGGCGGUGAGAAGUAUCUGGACUGCCAGGACCGCCGCUUGACUGCCGUCCUGCUCGGAUGGCCAGAGGACAUCGAACAUCUUCUGCUGGCACGGAACAGGAUUCAGGCACUGCAGGACAACACCUUCAGCCACUUCAGAAACCUGCGCAGUCUGGAUCUACAGCAGAAUGAGAUUUCUCUCAUUGAGGAGGGAGCUUUCAGCGGCUUGAGCAAGCUUACGACACUUCUGCUGCAACAUAACCAACUGCAGGUGCUCACAGAGGCCAUGCUCAUCCCCAUGCCGAGGCUCACAUAUCUGCGUCUUCACGAUAACCCCUGGAAGUGCGGAUGUCAGCUGGACAGCCUGGUGCGCUUCCUGCAGGUUCCCAGCAAUCGUUAUAUGGGAACCUACGCCAAGUGUGUUGAGCCCACAGGGCAGAGGGGCCAGAAACUGAAAACACUGGAUGCAAAGUUCCUGUGCUCAGACCCUAUGGAGGUUCAGCACAUUCUCCCACAGCCACCAGGGAUACAAAAGCAACCUGACGCAACAUCACUGUGUCACACUUACGUCUUUCCCAAGCCGCUGCUGGACUGCAAGGGCAGAGAGCUGAAGACUAUUCCAACUGACAUCCCAGCAAGCAUUGUGAAAAUGGACCUGUCCUUUAACAGCAUCACACAGCUGAUGCCUAAAGAGUUUGUUGCUGUUAAAGACCUGAAGCUCCUAAACCUCAGCAGCAACGGUCUGGAGCGCAUUGACACAGCUGCCUUUGCAGGCCUCCUCUACCUGCGAGAGCUGGACCUCUCCAACAACAGUCUGCACUACUUCAACUACGGCGUCUUGGAAGACCUGUAUUACCUCCGGAUGCUGUCGCUGGGGGGAAACCCCUGGAUCUGUGACUACAAUAUUCACUACCUGAUUUACUGGCUGAAGCACCAUCCAGCAGUGGACUACACAGGGCUGGUGUGCAGCGAGCCUGAGGAGUUCCGGGGCUGGCCCGUGGAGAACUAUGUCAAAACCUACAAUGCAGAAUGUCCCAAAGACAAACAGUUGGGCCAGCAGAUGGGUACAGGCACCACCUCGCAGGAGCUCAUUGCAGAGACUGACGAGGAGCCAAAUCUGCUGCCCAGCCCACUGCGGAAAAAGCCUGAUAAAUUUGAGAUCUUCCGUCUGAGUUAAAGAGAGGACUCUCCUGGAGGGAUUUCUGCUCUUUUCUGAUGAACCCUUACUCUCUGCCAUAUAACAAGUUUAAUUCAUGCAUUUCAAAUCAACAAAGGAAAACCUUUGAAGAAGUGUCCAACUCCAAAACAUGUUACUUUAAAACCCUUACCCUCACAUACAUAUCAUCGCUUUCCAAUGUAAAACAAGUAUCUCCAUUUUUGUGGAAUUUUAUAUUACUACAUCAUUUGAACUUACACUGUGUAAAACAAAUCUUGAUGAACGGACCAACAGAAAUUCUCAAAAAUUACCUGAAAAAAACUCUUUUUACAUUGACUUCAGUUGAAAGUUACGUAGGUUUUAUCUCUCUCCUGAGAAGUUGCCAUUUUGGAGAUACUUGUUUUUCAUUGGACAGUGUCGAUAUGCAGUGCUUAUCUAGAGCAGUGUUUCUCAACCAGGGUGCCGCGGCACCCUGGGGUGCCGUCUGGCUUCAUCGGGGGUGCCGUCAAAAUAUUGCGCCUCACGUGCAUAUUUACUUUCCAGAGUCAGCUCGUGUCGGGGUGUGUCCCAAUUCACAGGCAGCACUAAUCGCGCUAAUUGUGACGCGCUAUUUUAUUUCAUAUUCCGCCAGCAACACCCCUCGUUCUCACCUGAAGUACUGCGCCAGCACCAACCCCCCCAUAUAUUUAAAGGGUGACGUGAUAGAAAAAAGGUUGAGAAACGCUGAUCUAGAGUAAUCUACAGUUAACUUAUGGACGCUUUUUGAUUUUUUUACUUUUCUAAGCAGUGAUGUUAUUGUGUGGACCUUCUGUGUGCAAGGCAAUGAAGAUAUAUUCUAUUCAAUCAAUCCAUUUCAGUGGUGAUUUGUUUAAUUCAUCCAAAAUGUACUGGACUCUGGCCCUACAGGACCAGAAUUAAACAUUCCUGCUUUAGAUCCUCUAUAUCACAGUUACAGAAGUAACACUUUUCUUAAUUUUCUACCAAUUGUUCUGUAAAAAAAUCUAUCAUAAUUAAUAAAAGUUGAUUUUUAUUCUA